UGUAACCGAUAACUUCAUGAUUUUACGCUAAUAUUGGUGCUAAUAGCGCGUGUUGUCUUUAGCUGAUAUCUAUUGUUAGUUUUCAAUAUUUAAAAUUACGAAAUGUUCUUACACCACUGCUUUCCAUCUGAGCUUUUUUUAUAUACAUGAUCUUUUCUGAAUUUUACGCGAAUCAUAAUCUAUGUUGCACUGAGAUUUCGUUCUAAUCUGAACUUAUCAAUUUCUUUGAAGAAAAAGAGAAGCAGAGUCUCAGCAGUCAGUGAGUAAUUGAUAUGCGGGGAAGAAUGUCGAAAGAAAGACGAAGAUAAGUAUUAAAACCGCGGGCCACUAUUGAUAAUUGCAUUUGCGUGCGACUUCAUGAUACUUCGCAGCGAAUUUAGCAGGAGAAGCGCGGAUUAUUCGACUGUUACGUUCACAAUGGAUUUCAAAUAAACGCUGAUGGUAAAAAGUGUCGGUUUUGUGCCAAAUAUCCGGAUAUUUGUACGUAUAUUUAUACGUGUAUAUAUAAAUAUAGAUUUGAGGAAUCUUGUAUACUGUAGGACCCAUGAAAAUAAUACCACCUUGGGAACCUUGUUCAGAAUUUGAACUUGGCUAUUGUCUAUACAAUUCAAGGGCGUUAUAUGCUACGCCAUCGAGCUCCGCUGUUCUUUAUUUUUCCGGGUCCUUUCUCCCACUGGAUUCGCCUAUAGGAGGCGCUCUCAAUGAUCAGUACGAAGAAAAGCGUACGAGAAGAACGAUGUUGUAACUAACGGCCAAAAUGGAAGAACAAAGCGUUCAUAGCAGUAUCAGUGAUAUAAAUAGUGAAGAGGCAGUUAGAAUUGAGCCUAUGAUUAUUCCACGUAAGAAAAGGAUAUGCUUAAUUGGUGCAGCUGGUGAUGAUCCUGCACUUGGUGCUGCUGCUCAGCAAUUUAGUGUACCUGUUCUAAAAUCUGAAACUGGUUUAGAACAUGUAGAAGAUACAUCGUAUUGUACAUACUUCAUAUUGAAAAAAUUUGAGGGACCUGAAUAUGAUGCUCUUCAUAAAAGUGCACAUAGGAUAUUGGGACCGACAGCACUUCUGCAGUUGGCAGAAAAGAAGGACUCAUUACCUAGUAUUAAUAGACCAAUGUAUACACAAGCCAUGGUAGGCACGGUAGUGGUGUUUACUGGAUUUAGGAAAAAGGACGAAUUGACCAAAUUGAUCAAUAUGAUUCACAAUAUGGGUGGAAGUAUUAGGAAAGAAAUGGGUGCAAAAGUGACACAUCUCAUUGCUAAUUGUUGCGGUGGAGAUAAGUACAGGUAUGCUGUUACAUUUCGGGUCCCUAUCAUGUCUAUGGAAUGGGUGACAGCAUUAUGGAAUGCCAAAGACGAUAUUUCCAGUUAUGGAAAUAAUGAAGAACUGAUUGCAACUUAUAAGCUAAAACCAUUUUUUGGUGCAAAAGUAUGUUUCUUUGGUUUCCCUGAUGAAGAAAAGCGUCACAUGUGCGAAGUUUUACAACAACAAGGUGGUGAAUCUACAGAAAUUGAUGAUCCAAAUUGUACACAUGUGGUAACAGAUUUAGGAAGUCAUCAGUACAAGAAAUCAAACAAUACUUUUGAUACGCUACCAUAUACUAAAAAUCCUAAUUAUAUUCCUUAUCAUUAUUUAAAAACAAAACCAGUUUCCUUUACAUUUUAUAAUCCAUACACUAAUACAAUUCCUAGCAAAAGAAUGUUAAAUUCUUCGUGUAUUUCUCAGACUAAUAAUACGAAUUUAACUAAAAAAUUAAGUACUAGACGCUUUUCACAUUGUUUCUGUUCUUACGUUCCUCAAUAUUUUGAAUCUAAAGAAAAUCAAUGUACUUACUCUAUACUAAAUGACGUUAGUCAAGAUUCAGCAAUUUGCAUGGAUGAUAAUUUAUAUGAUUAUCGAAGUUUAUCAGAUGAAUCUUGUAUGUCUGAGUUUUCAUGUGCUGAUUCUGGUAUUAGUAUGUCUAAUAUAAUACGAACAAAUGAUGUAAGUGCAGUACAGCAAAAUAAUUUUCCUGUUAUAUCUACUAUGUUAGACUUGCAUUCUAUAUCUUCUUCAUCUUUAUUACUAUGCAAUGAUAAAAAAAUUAGAAAUAAUAUAUCUAAUGCUUAUUCAAAUUAUAACACUAGUGAUAAAAAUCAAGAAAGAUUAUAUAAUUUUAAAUCUUCUACAUUAUGUAAGAAAAGGAUUACUGAACAUAUAAACAACCAAUAUCCUGAUAAAAAGUCUCAUUUGUUAAAAUUUUAUAAGAAUAUGCAGUGUACACGAAAUCCUUUUAAUUUUAAUAAAAAAAUUAUAUCUCCUAAACGAUAUAUUAAAUGGCGAAAAGCUAAGUCUUGUAUUACAAUCCAUAAAAUUAGUUCUCUCCAUAAAUUUAAAUUAAGAAAAAUACAUUCACAUCCUAAUUUAUUAAAACAACAUGAUUUAGAACUCAAUGAUUCUCUUUUAUAUAAUCAAUCACCUACAUCAAUGGCAAAAAGCAAAAAUUUUUCAAAUACAUGUAAACUAAGUUCUUCUAUUUUGUCAAAAUUUAGUCACUUAAAUUUUUCUCCAAUGCUUAAGCAAUAUGUAGUUAUUAGUCCAGUCAAACAAAUUCCAGAAACGCAAAAACAGAAAUAUACUCCUUUACCUAGUCCUCUUCCUAUCCCUGCGAAGGUAGCAAAAUUGUCAACUUCUGAAUAUGGCUCAAGAAAUACUUUUACAUCACAUGAAAGCUAUUUAAAUAUUUCUCCCAAAAGUUGCAUUUUGAAAGAUGAUCAUGUAAAACUGGACAAACAGAAGGACAAACCAUUAUCUUUGGUUGUUGAUGAAUCAAAUGUAAAUGCAUUACCAGAUUUAGCUUCUGUGAGAGCACAUAUUGUAAAGGCAGAAUGGUUUUGGACAUCUGUGCAAAAUGAAGGUGCAGCCGACGAAAAAGAAUAUUUAUUUGAAGAUUAUUUGGAAUCCGUUCUAUCGCCAACUAUAUCAGUUAGACGUGAUAGUCAACAAGCUGCCACUCCAAGUACAGCAUCUACAAGACGAAAACGCAAACGCUUAGCAGAAACUUUAUCUAGUCUGGUUCAAAAUGGUGCAGAUUCUCCAGCACUGCAUAAAAGGCGAUCAAGUAUCAGUGAUGCAGGACAUUUAAGUGUUAGUGGAAGUUUUCUUGAUUGUACAACAAGUCCAGACAAACCGUUACUUGAUGAAGUGGAGGCUGUUAAUACAGACAGCUCUAGGAAAAAUUUAUCACCGCGUCAUCAAGUUUUCUUAGAAUUAGUACAAACAGAAUCUAAUUACGUUGGUAUUCUCAGUACAAUUAUGACGCUGUUUAAAUCCCCGUUGGAAGAUCUUAUAGAUACAACUGGUGAAUUAUUAAAUGGUACAGAAGCUAAAAUUAUAUUUGGUAAUUUUCCACCUAUUUAUGAAGUUCAUAAAAAAAUGUUGGAAGAAUUGAGAUAUAGUGCUACUCAUUGGAUGGAAGACAUUAGUAUAGGUAAUAUAUUUCUGAAGUUCGCACCUGACCUAGUCAAGGCGUAUCCACCGUAUGUCAACUUCUUCGAAAAUACAAAGGAGAUGCUCGACCAAUGUGAUCAAAACAAACCACGAUUUCAUGCUUUUCUGAAGGUUUGUCAAACGAAACCUGAAUGUGGCAGACAAAGUUUAAAGGAGCUAUUAAUUAAACCGGUACAAAGGUUACCCAGUAUUAGUUUGUUAUUAAACGAUAUUCUUAAACAUACAAGUAAAAACAAUCCAGACCACAGUGCUUUGGAAUUAUCAAUUAGCAGUAUUAAAGAAGUUAUGACCUAUAUAAACGAGGAUAAAAGAAAAACUGAAGGUCAAUUGGUUAUGUUUGACAUUUUUAAUGAAAUUGACAACUGUCCGCCGCAUUUAGUUUCUUCACAUCGAUCCUUCAUUGGUAAAUGUGAUGUGAUGGAACUUAGUGAGGGUUUAAGUGGACGUGGUGAUCAUUUAGUUUUGUUUCUGUUUACUGAUACUCUCGAAAUAUGUAAAAAAAGAUCAAAGGCUUUUAAUUCAUUGAAAAGUCCUAACACGGCAAAUGGAUUGCAUACAACUAAAUUAAGUCAAGGAAAACCUUAUAAACAUAUCAGGAUGUUAUCACUUAGUACGAUAAAAAAGGUUGUGGAUAUACGAGAAACAGAUGAAUGCCAUAAAGUUUUCGCGUUAAUGGUGAGAAGUAAUCAAGAGUUAAAGGAAAAAUUGUUUUCAUUUACAAUUACUGAUGAAGAAGUAAAUAAGACAAAUUAUUUACGAACCUUGUGUAGACAAAUGGCUAAUACAGUGUGUAAAGCUGAUGCGGAUACGUUCCUCAUAAGUCUUGAUUCGCAUCAACUUGAAAUUGAUACAAGCGACGUAGCUUUAGGAACAUUAAGUAAAGCAUUUAAGAGCCUAUUUCAUAAUUUUUACCUGGAGUAUAUGGACCCGUAUGUGUUCCUACUCAAUAGCAUGUGUGAAACCACGUUACAUGUCCCACUACCGUUUGCAUCUCGUACGCGAAUGAAAGUUGGCAGAGCGUUUAGUUUUAAUAAAACUCCAAGCAAAUUAAAAAGAGCCAUGUCAACAAUGAUGUCACCAUUUGGAUCAACCAACAGUCUUACUCCAGCGAGUCAACAACUUGCACAGAUGCGCCUUGCUAGUUGUAACAAUAUUAAUGAGCUGGGUAAUGGUGGUUCGGGCUCGCCAUCUAGAGAUGAUGUUCUAGUAGCACCUAUGUCGGUUCAGCCGACACGAAAGGCCAAAUGCAGUUCCCUCAGUAUGGCUUCAUUGAGAAGAAAUUGUUCAGAGGAAGUCAUGCAGGACAAAUCCGAUCUUUGAAGUGCAGGGCAUAAAUAAUAUACAGCUAUAUCAUACUUUUUCCUUUGGGAUCAGUAAAUGAUUUCUGCGAAAUUGUGAAAUAUAUAAACAUUAUUGCAAAGAUAUAUCUUUGUAAUAUAAAUAUUAAUCUUCAAAAUUCAAGAAAUUGUAAAAUGUCCAUAGAAAAGUAAAUA